CCUUAAAAAUGAUUGAUGACAUACGUGUUACAUGUUUCAGGAUUGCUAGUUCUCAGGAUGGGUGUCAGGAUCCCACCCUUGGUGAAAAAGCCAAAAAAAGUUGUUGCCUGUGCGCUUCACCACUACAUAUUGAGUGCAGUGAUUCUUAUGCUUAAGGUCACACCAAUGGGGGCCGAGGCGGUCAAACCCCGACGGAACCUGACAGUUGAUUUUCUGAUCGUGAUAUUCGGUGUCAGUUCGUGGGUCGCUGUCAAUGGAUUGUGGGUGGAGCUUCCCGUGCUUGUCAAUAAGCUGCCCGAAUCAUGGGAACUGGCUUCCUACAUUGUGAUUACGUCCCAAAUCGCCAAUCUUGGCCCCAUUCUCUUCGGUGCUGCUCGCAAGAUAUGGUCUCAAAAGCUUCUGGAGAUACCCAUCAUCCAUGUAUCUCUUGGGAUCGUCGUUACCGCCUGCACUCUUUUAUGUUUCUUCUGGGACACAACCACUUUCCUCUUUGGUGGAUUACAUAGCACAGCUCUUCUCGUCCUAGCUUUUUUCCUGUCCUUUGUAGACUGUACGUCAUCUCUGCUUUACCUACCAUUCAUCGCCAACUUCAAAGAACAGUAUGUAAUUUCUUACAUGAUUGGCUCCGGUCUCAGUGGUCCGGUGCCAGGUCUGAUCGCCAUGGCACAAGGAGUUGGUGGCUAUGCUGACUGCAAGAAUGUGACUGUCAAAACGACUACAGAGAAUGGAACCAGUAUAGAUUUUGUGUUACAAGCUUAUUAUCCACCACCAAGAUUUUCACCCAAUAUAUUCUUUGGCAUCUUGACAGCACAAAUGUGUAUCAGCUGGAUCGCCUUUAUUUUGUUGAACAGUCUUACCACAGCCAAAAGAGAAAGGGUACCUUUGACUCCAGUUGCUAGAGCAUCGAAUCCAGCAUUGGCUGAAAACUUCCAGAGCAGCUCCACUGACGGAGAUUUCUCAACCAGUAUUGAAAAGCCAACUUUAUCGCAGCAGUACCUGCUUGGUAAACCUGGCUUGCCCAAAGCUCAUUACUAUUUGCUUCUAUUCAUUCAAGGAUUCCUAUCAACCAUUCAUAACGGCGUAUUGCUGUCCAUACAGACUUAUUCCUGCCUACCCUAUGGAAGCAUCGCCUACCAUCUGACGGUAACUCUUUCGAGCUUCGCCAACCCUCUGUGCUGCUUCGUUGCUAUAUUCUUUCCAGUGACCAACAUCUAUGCAGUAGCGGGACUAUCGACCUUCACCACCGCAUGGUCCAUCUAUGUUCUGGUCAUCGCCCUUCUCAGUCCAACGCCGCCUUUUGUGGGCUUGGCAAUAGGAGCUGCUCUAAUUGUCAUAGCCUGGAUCAUGGUAUCUGGCUCUGUAGCAUUCACCAAAGCAUGCAUCGCUUCCAUUUUAAGAAGAGAAGGCGGCCAAGUGGCUCUGUUCCGUUGUGGUGUGGUUACACAACUAGGGUCUGCAAUUGGUGCUCUAGUGACAUUUUUAUUGAUUCAGUACACGACGCUUUUUAAAUCCUACACACCAUGCUCUUGAAACACAAGUAAUGUGCUAGAUGUGUAAACAAAACUAUUCUAAAACUUAAUAGUUAUGCGAUGCCUCUUAGGAAAUAAUGUUUUGGAUGUUAUGUUUACAGAAAGAAUGUUAAAGUUUCUAUUGGUAACUGUCAGAAAAUGUGAGGUAUUGCAAAGCUUUUGAAGGAAAAAGGACAAAACAGUAUUUCUUUUAACUAGUCGCUCAAAACUUAUAUUUAUAAUAUAUAAUUUGUAUAUGUGUUUUUAUUAUUUUAUUUAAUCUUCUUCAUGAAAGUUUUGAAAGAUACAAAAACAUAAUAGUAUCUUUGAAUUACAUAUAAUAUUUAAUAAGGGAUACAUCGGAACAAAAGUUAAUUACUGCAAACAUACUCAACGUGUAUGUUGAAUACCAACGUGUAUAUCAUGUCAUAAAAUAUAUAUAAAAAUAUUACACAUAAAAAUGUGCAUAAUUUUAGUGUAAUUUUUAUAAUUUUUUUUUUUUAAAAAUGCCUAAUUAUGAAAUUUUUAUUUAAGUUCUUUGCAUUGGACAUAGAAUAUUCUUGUUUAAAAUGACAUUUUUAAAAAUAUAUCUGCUGUUUACAUUCAAAGGAGUAGUCAUGACCAGCGACAAAUAAAAAACAGUAUGGCUGUUAAAAAUAAUUCUUUCCAAAAAAGAAUUGGCAGUUUUCCAUCCUAGGAAAUAAAUUAGAGAUUGUCUUAAAAAUGAAGGGGGGGGGGGAUCAAUAGACUGAAUUAAAAUAAAAAUAAUGUUUUAGUUACAGAUCAAAUAAAUGGUAUGUUUCAAUUAUUAUAACAAGUGUGUUCUUGAUAUCUUAAUUUUUUUAAUCUAAAGAAUUAAAUAUUACUCUGCAUUCAGUAUUGUACUGCAAUAGCUUUUUUUUUCUUUGUGCUAUAAUAGGAGUUGUUAUGACAAUAUUGGAUUUUCACUCUCCUUGUAGAAUUUAUUUGUAAAUGGCUCUUAAUUGGAGCCAUUAGUAUUAUAUUCCUACAUAUGACCAUAUUCACAUAAAUGAGAUAAACUUGAACAUAGUGAAAAGUGGAGAGAUGCAAAGAUUUCUUCUUUAAUUUUGCAAAUGCGGCAAAGCAUUAUCCAUUUUCCAUAUAAAAAUAACAUCCCCACCUUUUAUUUUAAGUAAAAUCUUGAGAUUUUGUUUUAAUGUAAUACAAAUUAGUAAUUAGUAGUUAGUAAAUAAAGAUUCUUUUGAAGAAAAUUUUGCUGAUAUAAUUCAAAUACUAAAUUAUUUUUAAACAUUCAGCAAUAAAUUAUUGAAUAUCAUAAAAUAUUUUUUGUUUGUUCAUAAGGAAUGUUUUCUUUAUAAUUUUUGAAAAAGAUUAUUGGAAUCAUAUAUUCCUAUUAUCUACCUAAAUCUUAUCUUAACUAUUUAUUUAAAUUGUCAU